GCCAAGGAGAGGGAGGAGAGCAGGAAGACAGUUCACAAAUUGAGCCAGGCUUGCAGAGAGGGACUGAGGCUGUGCUUGGCAACAUUCCAGUGGCUGGAGAUUCAAGAAAUGAAGAUUCUGUCCUUAGGACUUAGCUAAAAAUCCUCUUCUAACAUAGACUACCCACCUUGACUCCUCAAGCUGAACGUGACUCUGACUCAUAGGAUUUUAAACCAUCAGUUGACUUGAGUGGCGAAAGUAACUCCAAAGCAUCAAGAAAGAAUAAUCUGAAAUAAAAAGAUCAAUAUGGCCAUGCCAGAGAAAUCAAGUUGUACCAAAUCAAGCAAGGAUUUCAGUCAUUUUCCUGAGAUUGUUGAACUCAAUGUGGGUGGUCAGGUGUACAUCACUCGCUAUCCCACUUUGGUCAGUGUUCCUGGAUCCCUGCUCUGGGAAAUGUUCAGUGAAAAGAAUCCUUGCUCCCUAAUCCAGGACAACAAAGGGAGGUUUUUUGUAGACCGGGAUGGUUUCCUCUUUCGCUAUGUGCUAGACUACAUGAGAGACCGGAAACUGGUGCUUCCUGACCACUUUCCAGAGUGUGGUCGGCUCCAGAGAGAAGCAGAGUACUUCAAGCUACCGGAGUUAGUGAAGAUGUUGGCUCCUAAAAUCAACAUGGUCAACUCAGUUGGCAAUGAUUUAUGCCAAAGUGAUCUAGAAGAGCUUUCCACCAACAUUGACAUCGCAUGUAACCUCUCUUCAAAUAAUAACAUCCAAGUUAGUGGUCCUGGUAACCCGCCAGCUCUGACAGCAAAUACUCAUUCUGACCUCAAGAAGGCAGGUUUCAUCACUAUUGGCUAUCGAGGCUCCUAUACUCUGGGUCGGGAUAGCCAAACAGAUGCCAAAUUCCGCCGCGUGGCCCGAAUCAUGGUGUGUGGUAAGAUCUCAUUGGCCAAAGAAGUAUUUGGAGAUACUCUAAAUGAGAGCAGAGACCCUGACCGUCCUCCUGAGCGAUACACUUCUCGAUAUUACCUCAAAUUUAACUUUCUGGAACAAGCCUUUGACAAACUAGCUGAUGCUGGCUUUCACAUGGUAGCAUGCAAUUCCACUGGCACCUGCACUAUCACCCAUGAUCAGACAGAUGACAAGAUCUGGACCUCUUACACUGAAUAUGUUUUCUGCCGGGAGUGACACUUAAAAGAAAUCACCCAGAAAAUACAAACCAAACAGCCAACUCUCUCCCUUCUCUAUUCCUGUGCCAACUAUCACUUUUAGAAAUAAACAGAUUAAUUUUUUGACCUAUAAAUCUUGGACAAUGUCAUUCUCUUCACCAUAACCAUUUGAACUUUUUUUGGUAACUUCCUUCUUACACAUACCAUCCUAUCUGGCUUCCAACCAGUCUUGGAUUGUGAAGUUGGAUGUCAUUUCAUGAAAAAUAUUCAAUGCACAGGCAUAUGUGCAUGUACAUCACUAUAAAUAGUAGAGAUGUAUUUCUUGAGUGAAUGUAGGUAGAUAAACCCACAGGAUUUAGUUAGUUAGCUGAAAAAUGCUAAGCCAUGGUUUCCAAACUACUUCUCAGCACCACAUCUUGGAAUUGCUUAUAUACCUUGCUGUUUGUAUUCUCCUAAAGAAAGAAAGCUUCGUGUAUACUUAUUCUGAAGUCGAGACCCCCCUACAGUAAAUGUGAAUAUGCUUUGUAAACUGUUAUUGCUAUUCUUUUUUGUCCAGAUGGAAUGGAAGAAACUGGCAGGCAUCUUCCAGGAGGUUCAUAGAAAGGCCAAUCAAUCCUAUGAUUAUUAAUUAUUCUUAUUAGAAGAUGGGUGUAAAGACAACAGUUAACAAAAGUAAUUAAUGCCAAGAACAGGAGGCUUAGCACUUGAAUUGCCUUUACUUAGAAAGGAGAGUGAGGGUGAGCAUCAUGACUAUUACACAGGCAUGAGUAGGUAUGCCCUUUUAUUUUUUAAUUUUUUAUUUAUAUUUAUAUUUAUUUUUAUUGUCUAAAGUUUUAAUAUGUCUCCUUUUCCCCCAAAUGACACCCCCCAGCCACUCCCACCCCAGGCAAGCCUCCACCGCCCCAGUGUCUGUGUUCCAUUGGUUAUGCUAAUAUGCAUGUAUCCAAGUCCUUCGGUUGCUCUCUAAUGCCUCUUCCCCUACCAUUUGUCUCUAGAUUGAUCUAUUCUUGUUCAUCAAAUUAUGUUGAUCAUUAUAUCCCACAUAUGAGUGACAUCAUG